AUGUCUGACCCAGAAAUAGACGAGGUUUGCUUCGAGGUCCCCCCUCAAACCGGGGAUCGUCCGACGAGAAAUGCGGCCGAGGUCUUCAUCUUCAUGCACCGCUGCUUCCGGGCCUCCAGGAACAUUCGAGCCCACUGGUUUUUGGAGCAUCUUAAUAAAACGGUUGAAGUGCCGAGGAGUGAUGCCAGGCCCUGUCUAGAUGACACGAAAAACGACAAAUACGCCAAGGAGAUGGAGGUGCUGGGGGUGAUCCCGGAGGGCGGAAACGCGGAUGAAAACGUGGAAGGCGAAAAGUUUUUGAUUACUAUGAACACAAAAGUUACCUACAUUUCGCGGUACUAUCGCCAUGUUUUUGUGUUGGACAUUAGCCCGUCGACGCUCGUUGCGGACGAUUGCGGCGGGGCCGUCGUGUACACAAAAGUAUUAGAAAAUCUACGCAUGGCCCUGUACGCUGUGACAAAAAGCUUCAAAAUCCCGGGCACAAAUCAUGUAUUUACGCCGCAAAUCUACGUCACAAUCUGCGUGUUCACGCCAUUUUUAUGUUUUGACCAGGAUUUGGUCCUGACGCAAGGUAUAUUCCUGACGGAAAGUAUGGUGGAUCAGUUGUUGGAUAAAGUCACGUUGCGAUUUCGGAAGCUCGUCAAAGAGCUACACAAGUUUACGCAGCCGAUUUUCGGGUCUUGGGCGACGAGGAGGCGUCAGAAUCGGGUCAAAUACGACUCGACGUGCGAGCCGGAUUUGACAGCAGAAGGCGAUGGAGAGCUACGACCGCCGACAAAGAUAACCGCGCGUACAAUCCUUGCAAAAAUGACGAAAAAGAUGAACAGCGCGGAACAGGAUCAGCGUGAUGCCAUUGAUGAUGACUAUCCGUUAGAGGGGACGAUGAAGUAUCGGCGGAAAAUUUGGAAAUGCUCGCGAGAGUGCGGUGGCUGUGACGGCAGCUGCGAUUACGUCUGUGACGGCUAUGUCAAGCCGGAGUGGGCCCUGAUCUUCAUGCUCCGUCUAGGGCUGGUGGCCGUCCAGAUGCUACCCGAAAAUACACAGAGCAACAUUGUCAUCAUCACUGAUGCCGUUUGCGGAAUGCCGGAUGCGAUUGCGCUUCAGCAGCUGUUGACGCAGCUCAGGAGUUAUACGAUAUCCUGCUCCUUUAUUCAGAUCAACGGCGGCGCCUUCGCGGAACCGUCUUUCGGCCACGUCUCCUCCGCCGAGCUGUUCCACUUCCUGGCCAUGGCCACGUUUGGAACAUUUCUGCCAAAUUGUACCUGUUGUCUAGACGACCAAGACCCCGAGCUGCGUCGACUUGGACCAGCUUCAAUCCAGAACUCAAAUUCCCCAGCCCGACGAGUUUUGUCGCUGCGUCAGGAUCGCGAAGAAGAGGAGGGAAAAGCCGGGAGGAUGGCUUCUGGAGGGAGCGUUGGGAGGAGGCCAUCGGAAGAGGAAAACCAGCACAUCCGUAACAUGGCCAACAAGAUCAACCCGGAAUUCGCGAAACUCUAUCAAGAUGAAAAUAUCCUGGUCGAAAUCGAGAUUCUGGCGCCGUUCCAUGUGAUGAGGGACAUUUUGACCGAGGAUGGAGAUUUUGUGGAUAUGACCCGGCAGAAGGGGAUCAAGGUGUUUAGGAGGACGCUGGAUAGUCUAAUCGAAGCCGAUCGUCUCCUCCUCCACCUCCACUCCUUCAAUGCUUCUCCCCAAUACUACACGAUUCCGUUCGGCGUCUCCUCACGCUACUCGCUCUUCCGGUUGAUCGAUCGUGGACGCAGAUUUGUUGUCGAGAUGCCGCGAGGCGACCAGCACACGAUGACGUUUGUAGAGUUCUGGAAGGUGCUUUGCAAUUUGGAUGAAGGAGUAUGGCAAAAAUGGGUUCAUUCCCACUGUGAGCGCCUACUCCUUCGCGUAGAUGAGGUUCCGAUCGAUAUUUUCCGCGAGAAUCUGGCUAGCGAGAUCACCUGCGAGGAAGCGAACAAUCAUUUGCACGAGCUCUUACGAGACGAGACGUCCUUCUGUCUGCUCCACCAAUUGGCAUAUGUCAAAUUUAUUUAUGGGGAUGAUCCCGAGGUGCCAAAGUACUUCUACAUGAUUCGGAUCUGCUCCGCGCCGCCGGCCGUCACGAUCAAGAUGGCGUUUUUGGGAGGCAUAAGCAGUAGUGAUCGGAGAUUGGAUGCGGAUGCCUUGGUCGUCGUCCGUCGUCCGGUAGAGCGGAUAUUAGUCCGCUACCGCAACGUCCCUCUGAAUCUGCGCACCAUGGUUCGCCUGGGUGAUGAAAUCGAUCGCGGCGAAGACGUGCGGAAUUUGGUGCUCCACAAUUCGUUGGCAAAAUACUUGAAUUGCCGCCGUCGAAUCUGGAAUCUACCCUCAAUCUUCGAGAAAGACGUGAUCCUCGGGAGCAGCCGUGAUCACGCGACGUUUAUGCUGCACACGAUACUUUAUCGUCGCCUACGCGAGGGCUUCAACAUUGCGUGGGCGGAGAACGGGAUCGUUGGGUUGUGUAGGCAGGUUGUAAAUGAGACUGGGUUCGCGCUCGAGCAGUACGUCUACUUCCCGCCCCAGGACCUCUAUCUGCCCUUUAAGAUGAAUAGGAAUCGGCUGCCGUCUACUUGCCGCACCACCGAAAAUGCGCAGGACAAGGAGGACUACGGUAUCGUCUUCGAGCCGGACGCGCCUCCAAAGUCAAGGCGCCGAAUCCAGGAGCCGGCCACCUAUCAGUUGGUCGGCGAGUACUGGAGCGAGCCGAUGAGCGAUGACGAUUACGAACGGCCGUCAAGCUCUCGCGACGACGAUCUGGUAUCCGCACUAUUCACCCUGGACCAGCUGAUCAAAUGGUGUGACCAUUGCCACAAGAAUAAUGGAGGAGCGGCCACGCUAGCGCCAAUGUCUGCCGAGGUCCUAAAUCUCCAGGGCGGACUUCCGCUUCUUUUCUGCCUCUGCGACGAGCCAACACUGGCCUAUAGGCUCACGACGCGCCACGAGAAGCCAAAAAUGGACGUGGAAGACCUGCGAUCGCUUGAUGCGCCCUGGAUGACCUUCAACCCGCCCACCCAUUUCGUGUGGCCGACGCGGUGUUCCGAGUUGCAGAAGGGACUUUACAAGCCCACUGGCUUUGCCAAAUACGCAACAUCGGUCCGAAAUGAGGCUUGCGGAAGAGCGAUGCUAACGGCUAUGUAUCAGGCCAUUAACAAAGGCUUCCCGGUGGCUCAAAGCACCGUAAUGUUCGUGAUCGACAACAUUUGCGACUACAUGAAGCGCGAGGUACCGAAGGUGACCGACGCGCUCGAGAAGUUCUGCGGGCAUAUACAAAACCUCCCGCCAGAGCUUCGGGUUCGGCUUCCGGAAAGCUGCUAUCUGGGGUCCGACUUCGAGACGUUGUUCGCGAAUGCGGUUGCCAUCAACUUCAAAGUAAGUGGCGAUCGUACCCCAGACGAAUCGGAGCACUCGUCAUUAAUGCGUGCCGGCUCGGCCCCACCAAUCCGCCGUCGAAUCCUGAAAAAAUACGCCGACAUCCCGCUGUUCGUCUUCUUCAACUGCACCAUCGAGUUUCCGGAUCGCACGAUGAGCUCAUUCCCAGUCCAACAUCUCCCCUAUUGCGUCCAAGAAUUGAUUGACAACUGCCCCGAAAAGCCCACCGAACCGUUCGAGCUGAAAGACGUCAGGGUCAGGGUGGAAAUGUACGUUCUCUCAUGGCCCAUCGAAGAUGAGGCAGACCCCGGCAGGAUAUCCACCUCGGAAGAGCGCGAGAAGAGCUACGCGAAGCGCCGAAUGUUGGCCUUCCGCGACUCCCUGCCUGCUGCUAUUCAGGAGGUCAUCAAGAAGCUGCUGAAGAAUGUGGAGCGGCUUAUUGAGAUGGAGAUGGUCCUCAUCGAGGCCCGAAAACAAGAAGUAACCCUGGAGCAACUUCGCCGAAUCUCGGCCUUCAUCAGCAAGGAGUACGUUGAAUACGCCGAUGCCGGAGGCGCGGACCGACGUCUCGACCAGCGAAACAAACCCCUGCAACUGGUCAUCAACCUGCCGGAUACCGUCAAAAAGCUGAAAUCCCGGCUGGACGGGAUUACCGUGGAGAAUUGUGUGCUGAAGAAGGUGGGGGAUGAGAUGUUCUACUGUAUGCCGUUCGACGAGACGGAGAAGCGGACGAGGAAUGAGAGUCGAAGGGCGUCGAUGUCAAAGAGUCGGCAAGUUUCCGGGGAAGCCGGGCUAGGUGCUCAGGUGUCACCGCUCAGGGAAAGAAAACCCAGUUCGAGCACGGCCCUCUACUGCGACGGCCGUCCCGUGGAGCGUUCGGAAGCGUUCGAGGACUUCUGGCUAAUUCUCACAGUGUCGGAGGAGAAUCUGCUCUUCCAAUUGUGUCGUCGUCAGACAGACCGGCACGAUCGCCUCUUUAGUCUUAUAUGGAGGAAAGUGAAACAGACCGUUCGUGUUCUCAAUCAGGAGAUGCUGCUCAUGCAGACCCUCCAAACCCGAAAGGUCGACCUCCUGCUCCUUGCGCCACCCGAGUCCGAUCGAUUCGUUGGUACGAAGGGAUACGCCUCUGACGAUGAUUUCGAUGUCGAUCCCUCCAGCCAUCUGCCAAUCAAACAAGACGCCCGUUUCCACUAUGCCCCUGGCUACUUUGCAUGCGAGGUGCAAUUCGAGCACUGGUUCACGCUCCACCCCCGAGUCCGACAGAGCAGGAUGACGAACAUGUCCGGGAUGGGGAGCCUGAGCAUGAACUCUGGGGUGGAGGCGCUGAAGCGCGAGCUCGAGCCGUUCAAAGUGGCCAACUCGAACUUGACGAAUGUUUAUAUAUUGAGCGCCCCCGAUGAAAAUGUGCUCUACAUGAUUCUUCACGUCAAUCGGGGCAGCGUCUCGCACACGGUGAAAAAUGCGCCAAAACCCUGGAAAAGGGAGGCCUACACCAAACUCGAGCAGCAGAACGCGUUGCUGCUGACAAUCCACGGGGUCCGAGAACCACGCCAGGAGUACAUCCUCGAAUUCAUCGACAAGAUGCAGAAGCGGCUGGACAAUACGACGCUUCACCAUCUGUCGACGAUGUUGGAGAAGAAUGCGCAUUCGCGGCUCGAGGCGGCUGAUGUUCAGUUUAUUCAGAAGGACUGUCGGAGUCCGUCGACGCUGAUUUAUUUCGGGAUUCCGAAUUGUUUGGCCGGAUAUUUGCAGGCCAUCUACAUCUACAUGCAUCAGCAGUUGAUCACCCUCGAUAUCCACCCAGCCCGUUGCAAAGACGAAUCGGGCACCAACGCCGAGCAUACCUCGUUCCGAAGCCUUCCACCCCCAAACAACUAUAUCCCCAACGACUACCAGCCUCGAUUUUCGCUUUUUGUCCGACCGAUCAAGGAAGGAAAUAAGACAAACGGAAUCGCUUGCCUCGAAAUGCGAUUUGUCAACGAACGUCGAGAAAUUGUCGAACUAUCAAAUGGAAGACUGGAUAAAAAUACGCACACCACCUUUAUGAGGCCGGAUGAUCCAGUUUCCGAGCAGAUCGAGCACUACAAAAGCCUGCUCAGCUUCAGAAGGGUGGAGGAGCCGGGGCAGAGAGAGGAUACCUGCGCCUACCUUGAAGUGGCCGCCUGGCAGGCUGGAGAUGUUGGAUUCGCCGUGUUGAAGAAUAAGCUGGAACAGUGCUUGAGAAUGGCUCUCUGUGAUGUCUUAACAGAAUAUGGGCUCCUGAACGACGUCGUCGUGGGGUUGGAGCAGAACCUGCCGAUGAGUCCGCCGACGGCGAGUUUGCAGCUCCACUUCACCUUCGACGCCAAGCCGAACACGUCGUUCGGGUCGGAGCUGGACAAGUUGAGCAAGGACGAGAUUUUGCGCGAGGAGCUCAUCUCCGACGACUUCCUCCGGUGUGCCGAAAGCUACUGGUCGAUGAUCAUCGACUGGGCCAAGGUGCAGACGCCGUCGCUGCUCAAGGCCGAGGUCGAAUUCGACGCGCCGGAUACGCACAAAAGGGUACUCUCCCAAGACACCGUCCUCCAAGAACAAACCCGACGUACCAUACCUCUCCAAGAGCGCCUGAUGACCAUCCUGGAGUCGGUGCCGAUGAGGGAGCAACUCCAGGAUAGAGUCCUAGUCGCAAGGAGGCGAUUUGAUGGAAAGUACGAGGUUGUACGCACGAAUCCGGUUGCAAAAUCGGCGGAUUUAUUGAAUCCAGCCUUAGUUGGCGGCUUCGAUCGCUCGUUCAGCGGGGAUGAGCGGAGCGCGUUCGUCCCGAGGCGAAGACUGUUUUAUGGGAUUGUCAGGCAGGAGAAGUUGACCUGCUUCUUGUACAACUUCAAGCCCGACCUGGGUCGCCAGAUCGUGCAGCAGAUCACGCGCUUUGUGCAUUGGCACAACGGGAAGAUGCGGUUGGUCAAGGAGAUCGGCAUGCACAAGAUGGGAUAUCAACAUCUGGGAGAGUCGGACAAGAACUCUGACAACCCAUUCUUCGAGCAACUAUGGAGACAACCCGAUGAGGUGCUGGCCGAUGAGCUUCCGGAGGUGGCCCGGGAACGAAGACAGGGCCGAAAUGUAUCUUUCCACUCCCGUACUCCGUCCGUAAUCCGGAUGCACUAUGCCGACACUCUCGAUAGGGUCUACCGACACGCCCGGACGGCAUUCCUGGUCCGGAAAUAUUUCGGCUGCGUGUGGAAGGAUCAGCUCUAUCAGUUUAUCAUGGUUAGUGGAGGAUUUUUGAGCGCAUCCGCCUAUUCGAACCACGACUUGGAGGCGUUGGCUUUACCGUCCGACCUGCCGGAACCGUGGAAUAUUAAGAUCCUCUACCUACUCGUCGCCGAGUACAGCGAGUACCUCAAGAAAAUCCACGGGCUGGAGGCGAUUUCUAUCACGAAUCCGUGUACCGUCACGGCACAGAGGAGGGCACAUCGGCUACAGUAUGACAAGAAGUGCACUUAUCCACCAGAGGUCUGGCUAUACAAAGCCACCCCAGAAGGCCUCAUCCUCCUCCACCUCCACUUCCAAAGCCCCUACUUCGUGCUGGAGAUGCACACCUGGGAGGCGACGGCCGUCCUGUUCAAGGCGUUGGAGGAUGUCCCGCAAUCGGCCCGAGAUCACUCUGCCGAGCUGUCCAACUCGGUCUCCCGGCUCCUCUCCGGCCUCCACUUCCACUCGUUCACCUACGAUUUCCAUCUGCGCAUGCUGGCCAACUUUUUGAGCGGCCGGGAUACGGAACUCUUCAAAAGCGGCUACGACACCAACGCGUUUUUGGCCGAUUUCCUGCAAUAUUAUGGGUGUCGGCCGGCCUACGCCCAGAAUUGUGUCUACGAGGAACGCCUCGCCUACAAAUUGGGUCAUAGCAUCCGCGGGCAACGCGCCUGGGGCAACAUUGUCGACAGCCACCACGAGCAAGGCUGGAAAGCCCUGAAACUGAAGCAAAAUCCCCACGAAGCCGUGCCGCAAACGGAAUACGUGCUCGUCUCCUCGGCCUGCCAAGAAGACCUAUCCCCGCAAAGUCUCGUCGUCCGCGCUCUGCUCUACGACAUCGAGCAGGCCAAAUUCAACUCGCACAGCCUGUUCGUCAUCGUCUAUCUCAUCCAGAUCGUUCCGCCCAAUGAGCCAAUCAAGCACCUCACCCUGGCCGCCCUCCAAAAAGCCACCCGAAUGAGGCACGAGUCGGCGCCAUCAAACCCGGGAGCCAUUCCGGUACCCUCAUUACGCGUCGACCCGCUCGACGGCGAGAUGGUGGUGGUCGCCACGCCGAUGGCCGAACGUCUUCCGAUACCGGCGUUCGCUGAAAAAGACGACGAUACGCGCCGACGAUUUUCAAGUGGUGGCGUUUUGUCUGCCACGCCGUCCAUCGACAUCCCAUUGUUAAAGCAGAGCAAUGAAACCGACUCCUACGUGGAGCCAAAAACGCUCAUGUUCCCGCAUUCACCCCGGAAUCCGGGGCGCGAGGUCGACAAAAACGAUGAAAACAAAGACCCGGCCGAGUUGGUCGACGAUGAGGACGACGAUGACAAGACGAUAGAAGACGAUGAGACAAAAUCGGAAACCGAGCGGGAAACCGAAAUCAACGACAAACCCUCGAGACGCCAUCGUCACCAAGAAGCCACCGGGGAUAUCCCCGAGGAACAUUUCGCCUUCUACGUCACUUUCGUCAGUGAGAAACAGAAGGUGUUGCAGCGGUGCAUCGAAGAUUCGAUGGACAAGUUCAAGGCCGUGCUCCAGGAAAUCAUCGAGAACACCGAGCGGCAAUGCCGCGUGGAGGAGAUCUGGGUUAAUAUCGUGCAACUCCCACCUCGUACCGGCGUCGAGCAGAAGAAGGCCAUCAUGAACCUGUUGAACUGGACGCGGGAUUGGAACCGGCUCGCCGACCACUGGAAGCCGAUGGACUACGCGAAGCACGACACCUCCGUCCCCGAAGAGCUUGACUUGAUGUGCUCGCUCGUCAAGAGCAUCAAGUUGGCUGACCGAAUUCCCUACUUCAACGAACUACUGGCCGACGUGGACCACGCCCGUCUUUGUCGACAUCUACUGUGCCGCUAUGGACCCCAGCAAUGCAAGCUGUUCAUCUACAAGACGUCGUACAAGAAGGUCAUCGUCGUCAUCAACCCGAACUUUAUCGACCAAAUGUUCCUUGUUAAGUUUAUCGCGCCGGGGCGCACGCCGGAAGUUGAGGUCCUCUUCAAAGAAGUCCGAACCGACAAUCGCAGUACGCUCAACUGCAACUACGUGGAUCGGGCUGUAGAUGAGAUUCUGCACGUGUGCAUGACGUUCAUCUGGAGCGAGAAGGCGCAGUCGACGAGCGGCCCGGCGACGGUGUGGAAUCGAAUGCGUAGCGGGUUGAACAUGUCGCAUUUCUUUGACAGCGAC